AUGACGGUUGAGUCAUACUUGCGUGCCUUCAGACGGUUCACAUCAAACUGUUCGACACCUAAACUUGUCUACUCGGAUAACGCCAAAACCUUUAAGGGCGCAGAAACAGAAAUCAAACGGUUGUUAGCUAACGUGAGUGGUGAAAGAGUUCAGAAUCACCUUACUAGAAACGGCAUCUCUUUCAAAUAUAUACCGGUGCAGGCUAGUUGGUUUGGAGGUGUGUAUGAACGCCUUAUCGGGGUAGUAAAAAGCGCCAUCAAGAAGACGCUUGGUAAGGCUCUGGUUGACAGUGAUGAAUUAAACACCAUGGUUAAAGAAAUACAACAAGUUGUAAACAACAGACCGCUAACAUAUAUGUCGUCGGAGCCAACUGAAUUAGGUUUACACGCGAUCACUCCGAAUCACCUAAUUUUCGGUAGAGAUAUGGAUCUCUUACCUCACCAAGAGGUAGAAAACGCAGAGUUCGAUCCAACAUAUGACUGGAAAACCGCACUGGAAAAAAUGGCACACCACAGAUGCGUAUUGAUCAAUCAUUUUCGGAAACGUUUUUAUGACGAGUACGUGGCCGUGUUACGGGAACGUCACAUGUACGAAGUAAGUAAACAGAACGCCACAGCAGACACAAUACGCUGUGGGGACGUGGUCUUGGUUCAUGAUAAGGAUGAACGUCGGAUUAACUGGAAAUUAGGAAAGAUCGAAAGUUUGAAUACCGGCAAAGAUGGGUUGACGCGUUCCGCAACUGUGCGCACAACAUCGGGUAGAUCAAACCGUGCGAUUGGAAAAUUAUAUCCCCUGGAAUUGCAUGUUGGUCCAGAGGAAGUGCCGCCAAAGGCGGGAAAUCACGUAAACGAAGCAUCAUAUCCCCAAACUUCCACACCCGUCAGGAUCGUGUUUGAUGCAAGCAGCGGAUCUCCAUCUCUGAACGACUGCCUGUACGAAGGACCAAACAUGCUGCAGGAUUUGAAUGAAUUGCUGAUGCGCUUUCGUGUUGCCAAAAUAGACUCACCGCCGACAUCGCCCGCGCAUUUCUAUCCGUACGACUGA